AUGCUAUCUUCACGCAACCUGGCACGUUUGAUCUGGGUACACGUCGAAGAAAGACAUAGUGAGUCUGAGGAGCUGGGCAAGCGCGACCUGCUGGCGAAGCUGAGUGCUAUCAAUUUACUCAAUGCUUUCUCCGUUGCUCUCAAGCAUCGUCUGCGCUUCGAGCCCGCCAUCGAGUACCCAGAUCUGGAGCCAUUGGUCGCCCACCUCGAUCUGAUGGCUGGCACGGCCGAUCAAGUCGCCCUACGCAAGAAGAAGCAAACACCAUGGAAGUCUGCCGGCGAGUACCUAGGCGUCUCAUUCGCAGAGUCCAAUCCUCGUAAACUGAUCAAGCGCGCAAACGAUAAUCUUGGCAAUCCUCCUGCCGAAAUAUUGACAUACCUCUCUGCAUACAUGGAACACGUCAUCCAAGAAAAGACCAUGAAUGUGCCGUAA